AUGGACGAGAUGCUGUCCGAGGAUUUGCCUUCUUCUCUGGCGUCGGAGAUGACCGUGCGGAUUCGCCUCCAGAAUGAUCCACAUGAUCUAUCGCCCGCAUCGGUGCCUCUUCCUCCUUCUCCGUUGCCAGCGAUGUCCUUUCCCGAGAUGGGGCCAGGUGAGUCGGCUGGCUCGGGCCGUCCCAGUCCCAGGUCCAGUCCCAGGUUAAUAUUGGACGAUGACCUCGGACACCUCAAACUCCCACCUGUCCAGGAUGAACCCAGGGUCUCUUUUGAGGAUUUUGCCAAUCGCUAUCGUCAGAGCCAGCGCAAACAGACCCAGAGAAAACGCUUGGAAACCCGCCUGCGCGCCGCCAAGGUGUCGAUCGGGGUUUCGUCGCGUAUCCUCCGCAUCGGGAAUACCGUGCAACGCGGUUUAGUCGAAGCCCUAAGACAAGAUGACAAGGCCAACUUUGUGUCUCUGUACCACAUGCUCUAUGACCUCCAGGAAACGUGCGUAUCCAGCGCACGACUUGACGAGCAGGAUCUGGACGAACACGAACCAUCGGAUCCCGAAGACCGUUCGGAUUUCUUUCAUCAACUAAGCCCUCAGUCUCGCGCGGAUCUGCUGGAGAUCUUGCGCCUGGUUCGUUCGGAUCCUCAGUUUCUCGUCGACCGACUGCGCAGUUUCUCCUCCGCUCAAUUAGCGGCUUUUACCUCUCCGGCUACCUCUUUAGACUCUGGUGACCCUGCUUUCCCUUCGUCGCGCUCGAGGAGCCAAUAUUCCUUUAAUCGAACCCCGGCCCAGUCAGCUGCAUUCAAGGACCAUGCGUAUGCUUUUGAAAGGACCGAUCCGCUUUCUAUCUUACUUUGUAACGUUUUUGCCGCACCACUGGAGCCCGAGACGCCCGAGGCCAGCCUGCGCAUUGAUGUCUGGUCCUCGGUCUGCGCCCAACUAAUGUCCCAUGGCAGCAGUAAAUUCUAUCCUCUCAUCGGUCAGGUCCUGUCCUCCUGGGCAACGGGCAGCAAUUGGAAGGCCCGUCCCAAAUUUGAGCUCUACCUUAUGGAUAUCCUGCAAACCGGCGCGUUUCUUCUGGAACAUAUAGAUACCCCCGCCGGAUUGGAUUUUGCGGCUGAAGCCUUGGAUCCCCUCAGGACGGAUGUCGCCGAGGAGUUCUUUGCUUCUGCCGUGGAUGACUUGUUCCGCUUGCUCGACGAUCCCGAUGGAGGCUUCCCUCGUGCUGUUCUUCAGUUUGCUAAAGCAAUUCUCAGGAAAUUGGAUCAUCCUGAUAGCCGCAGUCGCUUCCUGGAAUAUCUUUUCGUUCAGUGGUUCUUUCCCAAAUUUCUCUAUAGCGCCUUGACGUACCCCGAGACUCACGGUUUGUUAUUGGACUUUCACAUUCGGAAAGAUGCGCGGGAGAAGCUGCUCGGUCAGGUUGGCCUGCGCGCUUACUCCCAAGUCUUUGCCGUUCUACGCUCCAUGAAUCAUUAUUCGAUUUUGCGCCCGACGAUUAAGCAACAUGUUGAUAAUAUGAUUCUUCGCUUCCAAACUUCAGUUUCUUCCGAACCCUCGACAGACCUUGCAUCAUCAACAAAGUCUUCGACUCGCAGAAAUCCUUCGUCCAGCUUUCUCUUGUUAUCUUCCACAGACGUACUUACUCUUUUAGACGCUCUUUUUCCUCAGCCUUGUCCUCCCGUUCACUCUUCUCCAGUCUCAGCCAGUCUCUCCUCCUGGCCUUCUAGCGUUUCGUCUUCCUACAAUCUUCGCUCCGAGCCACAUCUGGAACCUGUCUUCUUCCGACCCCGCAAUGCCGCGCCCUCUCAAAAUGGCUCUCUCUUUCCUGCGGAGAUAUUGCCUGUCUCUCCAUCGGAACAGGGCUUAAGCCAGCCCGCGGCUCGAAUCCGAUUUGAAUUGACUGAUUUAGACGAGCCACAAGAGCGGCCGAGGCUGGAGCACCCAUCUGAUGAAUACUGGACUAUAUUUUCCGUCGCCAAAGAUGGCCACAGUCUGACCUGGAGUCUACUUCCAGAAUGUGGGAAUGGAUCGUCGGGGGCAUCGGUCCAUGAUAGUGAUGAUGAUACCAAUUCAACGAAUUUGGGCCUGGAGGAAAAUCACGAGGCCUUGCAAACGGCUAUCGUCCGUCUAGUCAAGGACAAUCAUGUUUAUGAUUCGGAUGACAAUGAUCACUUGCCUGGCUCUGAACGGUCGAAACCGCUCACGUUGAAGGACCGGUUCAAUCAGGCCAUGGCUUCUACUCAUCAUUAUUCUGACUUUGUGGGAGCACACUAUUGGUGGAAUGCGUCGAGACAACUUCGCCAAAGUCUAUCCGAUUCUUCGCGAGCAGACGAUUCUUGGAUCUUGGGACCGAUGCAUCGUUCGCGUCUCCAUUCUUUGAACAAGUCACGGGUCAUUAUUGAACGCUGUGAAAACGACUUUCUGUCUCUCGAUCAAAGUUUACGUCGACUUCAAGCGCAGGUCAAAGAGCUAAUGGGCACAAUCGCCAAGGUUCGCAAUAAGAUGUGGUACAUGACCGAUGUAAAGAACUCCAUGCGCUACGAAGAAGCUAGACAUGUGGCAAUGGCAUUGAAGACGAUGGUCUACCCGGCGAGAACGCCCGCCGAGUACGAAGACAGUCGAUCUCGAGGAGCACGAUCACUUGGGGGCUCCUUAUUCCAGAAGCCUGAGUUGCAGGUCAUGAACAUGAUGAAAGCACCGAGUAGCCAGGGUGGUCCGAAGAAGUUAUCUGACGAGCAAGUUGAACUCACCCGCAAGUGGCUGACCCACAAUGCGAUUGAGAACUUCUGCAAGGGCGAGGAGCGAAUCCACCGGUUCUGCUAUGAGGUUCGGACUAGCAUCCAUCGUCUGGUAGGGGGGACGAUGGCGGAAACCCCGGUGCUCUGGGCAAGUGAAUUGUUCCAGCGAGAACGAGCUAGAUACGAAGGCCAUGGAACCCGCGCCUUUCCUGGUCUCUCAAUGCCGACAACUCCUCGACCCUCUACGAACGCUAGCGAAGACCCGCUUCAGACUUCUCAUUUCCCUGGGAACGUCUUCUUUCCCGAUCCGCUGACGCGUCUCGUACAAGACAUUCCGUCUCUUGGGAACGCCCCUUCUUUUCAAAGUCUGAUCUCUGAUAAAUAUCGGUCGCAAAGAGACGUCCCCUCGGUGGAUGUUUCAUCUGUCGGAGGAUCUCCAACAAGAGCGGCUUCGACAUCGACUGGAGACACAUGCAGCACUUUUUGGUCCACGCCUCAACGACAUCCCAUGUAUGCGGCUAGCGUGUCGAGUGCUUACUCACGGCCGCCUUCCAUGUUCAGCGAGACCGCAACUCGGCAACCUCGUCGAGCUGAGCGCAAGGCCCAUGGCAAAACAGCUUUCAUGGACGACCUCCGUCAAACAUUGACCAGUUUAUUACUGAGUGAUCUUGGCUCGCCAGUAUGGAGCUGUGGAAGUGAGACGGACGCCUGGUUUACCAGUUCACUGGACCAAACACGGAUCCGAGUGCAGAUGCAGAGACGAGCUGCUAUUCACAAAUUUUAUUCUGACUAUGAUGAGCGAUCGAAGCAUCUUCGGGAGCGAAAAGCACCUGGAGUCCGACGGAGCAGGUCUCUGAAUUCCCUUGUUAUGCGCGUUCGCAGCACCGCCAGCACAAAGACGACGAAUAGCAAGCGGGCACCUCAAUCUGAAGAUGAGGCUGCUUUCUCGUAUAAGUCUGUCUUCCGCCGGUUGAUUGAAGUGUUCUCGCGUCAUGGCAACCCAUUUGUCAAAUUGAAUGCACUGCGGGAUCUGCGAUCAUUGGUAGUUGCUUCACUAAUUCCAGCACAAGACGCUGAAUCACAUGGCACAAACCCAGGACCGGCUGAAGACGAUAACUUGGUGCGUAACAAUCGCCCUCGAUCGCGGCAACGCACCCGCCACAGCUUCUCGGAAAGUCACGCGACAGACAUGCCACAGUCGGAGAUGGGGGUGCAUACAUGCUCCUCGCCCGACUCUGUCACCUGUGGCUCCAGAAGGUCGGAUUGCUCUGCUCCAUCCGAGGACCAGAUUGUUGCCACGCUACGUGAUUUGAUCCUAGAUGUCAAACCCAAGACUCUCUUCCGAGAUUUACAAUUUAUCUCUGCAUUCGUGCCGGGAGACCAACUCAGCAAGACCGAUCGCGGGACGGCAUUCCUUCAAUUUGGUCUCGCUGCACUUAGUCUGAAGGACGAAGUCUGUCAUAGCAUGGUCGAGAUUGCAGAUCACAUCGUAUCCCAAGAACUUAUGCGACGACACCCGCUCCCGGGGUCUGAUUUCUAUCCCCGACCCGGUCAUGCCAUCGAGGACGCAGCUUCAAUGUGGAUCAUUACUGCCAAGGAAGGCAACCCAGUCGCCCAGCGAGAACUGGCUAUUCUCUAUCUAACGCACCCUGAGCUGCUUCCUCGUGUGACUCUCCCCCUCACUCGACCGCGGGACACCUUCAAAGCAGAGAUGAUGUACCGACGUGGCAAGGACUCCAAGUCCGAUCCGCAGAGUAUGUGUCUCGCACUGCACUGGAUGCAGUUAUCCGCCAGCGGAGGCGACACGCUCGCGCGCAAUCGACUCCGCGAACGAGAUGAGUUCGAUUCUAUUGCAUGA